AGCUUUCGGACGAUCCUCACUCUCGCUCUCACCACGCAGGCCUGACCGCCGUCAGUCUCGACAUAUAUUUCUCUGAAGACGCGUUCAUAAUGGCUUUCAAGAUUGAGGAGUUACCUACCGAGCUCGUCGCGCAUAUUCUCGCGGAUCUUGACUGUAUCGACUUGUUGAGAUGCAGAGAGGUCUGUCGUAUGUUUGACGCUGUCGUCGAGGACAGCGCCGUCCUGCAGUACAAGAUAGAACUGCUGAAAGCCGGCCAGGAAGAUAACCAUCGUCUGGGCAUACUCAGCGCGGCGGAACGCCUGCAGCUGCUCCGGAAGCACCAAGCGGCCUGGGCGUCGCUCGACUUCAGUUACCAAAAGUCGGUACCCAUGCUCAUCGGUCACACCUGGGAGCUUUACGGCGGAGUGUUGGCGCAGGGGACGGACCAGUCCAAUCUGAACUUCAGGCAGCUGCCGUCCGCGCUCAGGAGCAUCGAGGAGAAGGAGUGGAAGAUCGAGGGGCUCGGUUUCGAGAUUCGCGACUUCUCGAUGGAUCCUGCGCAGGACUUGCUGGUGGCCAUCCAAAUGCCGGAUUCGCCGACCAGCGUGUUCCACGUCCACCUACGCAACAUGUACACCGGUGCACCACACCCCGCUGCACCCAACCCCGCCGUCCUCACGCACCAGCCCGAUGGGACGCAAGCAUCUUAUGGCAUCCAGAUAUCCGGCGACCACAUCGGCAUCUUCGUGUUGAGUGCGAACGAGAUCAGCAACGAGGUCGUCAUAUGGAACUGGAAGACAGGCGUCUGCAAGCUCCGGCACGUCCUCAUCGGACUCGCGAAACGGCCUCUCAACCAGGCCGAGCUGCAGGCGCUCAACAUAGCGGAUGAGCCCCAGCUUCUGGUCGUCGACUACCUUGCGGGAACCGGCGACCUGGUGAAGCUCGAGGACGCCGACUUUGUCUGUGCGUUCCACUAUCCCGUCAUGGUGGCCCAUGCAACCCAGCGCCUGGAUGGACACCACACCCGGACCUCCGCGCCGUUCUACACAGCUCGUGGAGAUAGGCUGUUGGCGAUCAGCUUCACGGUCUACUCGAUUCUGGAGGGGCACACCCAGGCGUUGCUCUUCGUCCGAACGUCAACAUUUCUGUCUCACGUCGACGUUCUCAAAAGCGACACAAAGCGCCGCUUCCGAUGGGAUGAGUGGGGCCCAAACCAGACACGGAUGCUGCGCGCGCCCCGUACCCACUCUUCUGUCUGGGUCUGCUACGUCUUUGGGAUGCGGUUCGUCACGUUCAGGAGACGGCGCGGCCAGCCGACGUGUAUCAAGAUGUACGACUUCAGUCGAUAUCCGCGCGAUCGUCGGACGGCGCCGGAGCCGGACGAAGGGGAAGACGUGCUUGGCCUGGAAGACCGCUGGAUGGACGGGGAGACUGAAAUGCCAGAGGGCAUCUUUGAAGACAAGGUUACGACGUCGUUGCCCUACCACACGCGCUACAUGAUUCCGCCCCGUGGGGACGGCGAGAAGGACAUCCAGUGUGUCAUGCUGAGCGAGGACACUAUUAUCACCAUGUGCGGUGUCGAGGACCACGGUCGCAACAUUCGGCUAAUGACUUUCUGAAUCUGGACGCGGAUCUCGGGGAUGCGGUCAUGAGGCGGUUGCCCAUGGUCCUUCUCGUGGUUCUGCUACACAUACAGGAACGCUGGCCGAUGAUCUUCAGCUUGCGCCCUCGGUCGUAUGUCAACGCGACUGCGGGGGCUAUGCACGGCUAAGGCAGGCGUCAUCCCGGAUAUCAGGUCUUCAGGAGUGAAAUCCGCGCAUCAUGGCACGUUAACGCUGUAUGCAGACAUAGGCUCCGUGCGUGAAGCGGAUGGAUCUAUAGAGAAUGCCAUUGUAUUAUAGACAGCGCAAUGAAUAUGGGUAUGCAUGACGUGCCAUGAGCACUGAGCAACAU